GCGGCAGCAGCGCGCUGCAAGGCGGCCGAGGCGGCGGCCGACGAGCCAGCGCUGUGCCUGCAGUGCGAUAUGAACGACUGCUACAGCCGCCUGCGGAGGCUGGUGCCCACCAUCCCGCCCAACAAGAAAGUCAGCAAAGUGGAGAUCCUGCAGCACGUUAUCGACUACAUCCUGGACCUGCAGCUGGCGCUGGAGACGCACCCGGCUCUGCUGAGGCAGCCGCCGCCGCCCGCGCCGCCGCACCACCCGGCCGGGACCUGUCCUGCGGGGCCGCCGCGGACCCCGCUCACUGCGCUCAACACCGACCCGGCCGGCUCCGUGAACAAGCAGGGCGACAGCAUUCUGUGCCGCUAAGCCACGCUGUCCAGGUGUGCAGCCGCCUGAGCCCGAGCCAGGAGCACUAGAGAGGGAGGGGGAAGAGCAGAAGUUAGAGAAAGAGCCACCGGAGGAAAGGAAAAAAACAUCAGCAAACCCCAGAAACAUUUCGUUCGUCAUUCCAAGAGAGAGGGAGAGGAAAGAAAAAAAUGAAACUUUCAUCCUUUUUUCUUUUUUGCACGUUCAUAGACAUUCUACAUACAUAUUCUCUUUGUCUCUUCAUUUAUAACCGCUGUGAAUUGUACAUUUCUGUGUUGUUUGGAGGUGCAGUUAAACUUUUAAGCUUAAGUGUGACAGGAUUGAUAAAAUAGAAAAUCAAGAGUAAAUCCCGACUUUAGAUGCCUACUUUGUGACCAAGGAGCUCAAGUUUUGUUUCGAAGCUUUACUAAUAUACCAGAGCAUUGUAGAUAUUUUUUUUUACAUCUAUUGUUUAAAAUAGAUGAUUAUAACGGAGCAGGGAACUUUCUUUUCCCUGCAAGAAUGUUACAUAUUGUAUAGAUAAACUGAGUGACAUUUCAUACCAUGUAUAUAUAGAGAUGUUCUAUAAGUGUGAGAAAGUAUAUGCUUUAAUAGACUACUGUAAUUAUAAGAUAUUUUUAAUUAAAUAUUUUUUGUAAAUAUUAUGUGUGUGUUUUUUUAAUCUAAGGGAAUAUUUCUUUUGGAAAAUUAUUUUCAGCUCAAUUGCAGAGCUCAGCAUAUCUUGAAUGUCUUUUCUGUUUGGCCUCGUUUUUAAUUUGUUUCUGUUUUUCCCAGUGUUGCGUAGACUCGGAAGUAACAGUUAUAGCUAGUGGUCCUGCAUGACUGCAUGAGAUGUUUAAUCACAAAAUAAACUUGUUCUGAGUCCACCAAAAUGUGUUUUCUUUAACCUAGAUUGAAAUCUUUGUAUUUGAAGCAUACAUGUCGAAAAUAUACGUUAUCAGUUUUUAAGUACAGAGUUUGAUAGUGUAAUAUAUAAAAGGUGUUUUUUUCCUUUUUAACUCAAGUCAAAAUGAAUUCUGAAUGAUUUAGCAUAUGGGAUGGGAAAAUGCUUGGGUCCUUAAGGAGUUUAUGAAAUCUACUGUUUAAUUAAAGUGAAAAAUAUGCUUCUCAUUUUUCAUUUUACACAAAAGCUUCAUGUCACCAAGUUUCAUGUCUGUACAUAUUAUUUAAAUCAUAGAAAUGAAAAAUGUUCUCUGCUUGCUACCAAAGGACAAACUCUUGGAAAUGAAAACUUUCUGCUUUCCUUCCUCCAAAUAUUAAUAGGCAACAGUGGAGAAAAAAUAAGGCAUAAUGGCAAAUCCUUCAAGCAGGGAGAAAAGUUGAUCUUCAAGCAUAACUUAAGUAGACCAAAAAUUCUGAUGACUGCAUCUAGAUUAUUUUUUUAUAAAAAUGAUUUUCACUAUAGCUAUGUUAGUUACCGCUAAACUACUGUCCAAUUUCUUGUGAUGUGUAACUUUUACAUGUGAAUAUUAAAGUAGAUUUAUCUGUCUUGUACUGUGAUUUCUGGUCUCGUUUCUUCCAAACCUUGUACUUACUUUUUAAGACUUGCUUUUUAAGGAAGGUAGUAUUUUCUAGGCUAGAUAGGACCAUCAGGGCUUGUGAACAUGCAUUUAAUGUGAUCAGUACUCUACACACCAGUUAGAUGGAAUUUUUAGUGAGAAUUAAGUAGGAUUUAAUUGGGUGCUUUGUAAAUAGUUAGUCAACUGUGUGUGUAACAUGUUCUGUUUGAUUUUUAAAAGGAAAGGAUUUGUUUCAGAUUAUACAAGAGUAAAAGUAUUACAGACCCAAGGGGCUUUUUAUGAGGUCAAAGUCAAAUAUUUAUAUGAAUAUGAAAUAUGGUCCCCAGUACUCAGCUGCAGUGGCAAUAUCUCAGCGGGAAAGAGCAAAGUUAAGGCAGGAUUUCCAAACCAAAAGUUUAAAAAUCCAUCUUAUUCCCAGCGAAUUAUCCCCUCCUUUUGACAAUUGAUUGGUUUUAGGUAUUUUUAUUAUUUAAUGUUUUUGAGGGUGAACCUUAUAGAGUAAAAGGACUGGUUGUUGAGAUGAGGUUUAUUUUUAUUUUUUAUAUUAUUCCUUCUCCUCACACAUCAAGAGGAAAUAGAAACCGAUGGAAUUCCAAUAUGAAGGAUUCUAAGGAUGGCAUUCUUUGUUAUUAAAAGAGGGGACAAGUCCUCCUUUUUAUUUGUCAGUUUUAUUUCAGUAAGAAACAAGUCACAAGUGUGUGUGCUGUUGGCUGAUGUUAGGUUUAUCCCUCAGACUGGGGGGCUGACUCCUACCUAAGCCUGCAGGCACAGUUUAAAUUUAUCCUGGCCAACUACAAACCUCAAAAUAAUGGGAUAAGUAUUUUUGGUUUUUGAAGAGAGAUGUUGCUCCUUAGCUAAUUUAAUAUUUUGGGCAUAAAAAUCUAAGAAAAGGGAAAGAAGAAAAGUGUUAAAGAUAUUGCAUUUUAGAGACUUGGUAUGUUUCCCUUGGCCAUUCAUGCAAACAUCUGAAGUCUCUAAAGAAAGAAAGUCAUUGUUUAGUUUUUAAAAAUUAUAUGGAACUGCGUAAGAUUAUAUUCUAUUCAAAUGUUGGCUAUGUCCUAACCAAGCAACCCGUGAAAAACAUUUUGUGUCAUUUAUCUAGGUAGUUCUAAUUAAUCUGAUAUUUGGUUAAACAGAGAAAAAUAUCCUAACUUGUCUCAUUUCAUUGUCUAUUUUACAUUGUAUGGGCACAACCAAAGAGUAAGAAUCAUUUGAAACCUUCACAGAGGAAAAAAAAAAUUCCCAUACUGGGAUGUUGUUCCUAAUGUGGUUAUAAAAUCCUGAACAUCUCAGAUAUGUCAUGUUAAAAGGCAGAGAAAAAGCCCUUUUCAUUUCAAAGAAUGAGUAUACUUUGAUAUGAUGUAAAUCUUCCUCAAGUUUAUUGUUAAUUUUUAGAACUUUUAGAAAUGUUGACCCCCCCCCAUCUAUUGUAUUAAAUGCCUUCUAUAAUAAUAAAUCUUCACUGUGCAAAGGG